UCACAAGUAACCGAGGAUCAGGAAAAGCAUCAUUACGUCCUGGUGCAAAUCCACAACUGGAAAGGCAAUAUUAUCAGAAUAAAUCGUUGAAUGGCAGAACAGACUUGGUCCUGGCCUCUGAUUUCUCCAUCCGUUGCUCCACAUUCACCAUGCGCCUGUCUAGUUUCCCAACUUUUGAUGAGAGGUUCUCUACCUUGCCUUCCAGUGAGAACAAUGUGUCUUCCAAUUGCCCCUGAAUUACAUGAAGUGACUUCAUCAGCUUAAGGGGGAAUCUGCUGUGCUGCACUGUGGAGGAGCCCAUCGAAGUCAUGAAGAUAGACAAGAUGAUGACAUCAUCUAAUGCCAGGGCAGAGAAACAGAUGGACUAAGGACAUUGUUCUUGUUGUUCAGGGCAUAAUUUGCUCUAAUUUGCACUUGCAGAUAUGUUGGACAACUUGAAUGACACUGCCAUCAAAAUGACAGUGAUGAGCUAUCGAGAUAGCAGCUUGUCCAUGUUCUGUCUCCCACUUUUCUCAUCCACUACAUUCUUUAUCUUGAGUAUCAUUUGUGUAAAGAAGUGCAUCAUAAAUUUCACAUUCAAGUCAUUCUGUAACUCGGUAGCAACCCUCAGCAGUACUGAAGAGUGGAAAACCUAACUCUUCAUGAAAUUGAUGAUGCUGACUCAACAGAUGAUGAUAAUCAAGAUUCUACUGAACCGAAUAGAACUGAUUUUGGUAUUUCUGUGUCAUCAAUGGCAGAAAUUGCAUCUUGCAGUUAUGAAGCCAGGCAAGUUGGUAUAAAGAAUGGAAUGUUUUUUGGACAAGCAAAAGAGUUGUGCCCAAAUCUUCAAGCUGUUCCCUAUGACUUUCAAGCAUACAAAGAAGUUGCACAAACUAUGUAUGAAACAUUGGCAAGCUAUACUCAUACCAUUGAAGCUGUCAGUUGUGAUGAAGCGCUGGUAGAUACCACUGAAAUCCUUGCAGAGACUGGGUUGACAUCAGAUGAGCUAGCAAAUAUUAUUCGCACAGAAAUUAAAAACAAGACCAAAUGUCCUGCUUCUAUUGGAAUAGGUUCAAAUAUUUUACUGGCCAGACUGGCAACUCGCCGAGCUAAGCCUGAUGGGCAGUAUCAUUUAAAACCUGAAGAAGUAGAUGACUUUAUCAGAAGCCAGCUAAUUAUCCAUCUUCCAGGAGUUGGAAGAACAAUGGAAUCUAAGUUGUCAUCUAUGGGCAUAAAAACUUGUGGAGAUCUACAGUGUGUCACAAUGUCAAAGCUUCAGAAAGAGUUUGGACCAAAAACAGGACAAAUGCUCUACAGGUUCUGCCGUGGUUUGGAUGAUAGGCCUGUUCAAAGAGAGAAAACAAGAAAAUCUGUUUCAGCUGAGAUCAAUUAUGGUAUAAGAUUUACACAGGCAAAAGAAGCAGAAGCUUUCCUUCUGAGUCUUUCAGAAGAGAUCCAGCGAAGGUUAGAAGCAGCUGGUAUGAAAGGCAGACGAUUAACUCUCAAAAUCAUGAUCAGGAAAGCUGGAGCCCCAGUAGAACCUGCAAAAUUUGGAGGUCAUGGAAUUUGUGACAGUGUUGCCAGGACUGUGACUCUCAACCAUGCAACAGAUAGUGCCAAAGUGAUUGGGAAAGAAAUGUUAAAUAUGUUUCACACAAUGAAACUGAAUAUUUCUGAUAUGAGAGGGGUUGGAAUCCAAGUGCAUCAGCUAAUUCCAGUUAAUAAAACAACUUCCAUGUCUUCCUCUUACACUUCAUUACCUUCUGGAUUCUUGCCUGGUGGAGCUGAUUCUAUUAUUGAUCUUUUGCAAGUUCCAAAAGCUGUGAAGAAGUCCAAGAAUAAAGAAGAAGAAUGCAAGGAAGUAUUUUUGGCUGCUGUGGAUGUUGAAAUAUCUUCUACAUCAAAAGCAUGUGCAGAGUUACCAUCACUAGCAACUAAUCUCCAUCAUGUUACCAACAAAUCUGAGCCUAGUACCAGUUUGAAUGGCUUAUAUCCACCAAUCAAUAUAAAAUCUAGGCUUAAUUUAAGUAUUGAAGUGCCAUCACCUUCCCAGCUUGAUCAAUCUGUUUUGGAAGCACUCCCUUCUGAUCUUCGAGAACAAAUAGAACAUGCAUAUUCUCUUCAAGUAAUAGACGCACAUGAUAAUAGCAAGAAGGAACCAAUAAAUGGAUACAGUACUAGCUUUCCAUUACAGCCUGCUGGAAACGUUCUCUUACAGAUGCCAGACCUCAGAGAAUCAAGCAGUGAUGCUGGGAUUAAUGUAAUAGCACUCCCAGCAUUUUCACAGGUGGACCCUGAUGUUUUCGCUGCCCUACCUUCAGAAUUGCAAGAGGAACUUAGAGAAGCAUAUGACCAAAGGCAAAAUCAUAUAGAGAACAUUUUACAGCAAACAAGUGCCACUGUAUCAAAUAAUCCAGUUACAAAAAAUAAGAAAAGAAAUAGAAAGAAAAUCCAAGUCAGCCCGGUAAAAAAGAACCUUAGCCCUUUAAAAAGCAAGCUUUUGGGUAACCCUGCAAAAAAUAUGGUUGUUUCUGUUGGAAGUCCUCAGAAAUUAAUGGAUAACUUCUUGAAACAGGAAAAAGCAACAAGUGACAAUCCUCAGAUGGAAGAAGUACAAGCUGCUGAAGACCCUUCCAGUCCAUCUAUUUCACAGCCAUUAUCAUCUACCACAAUUUGGCCUCAAGCACCUAAUCUAGCAGGAGCUAUUGAGUUUAAUGAUGUAAAGGCCUUGCUUAAGGAAUGGAUUACAACUAUAUCAGAUCCCAUGGAGGAAGACAUUUUGCAAGUUGUGAAGUAUUGUACUGAUCUGAUAGAAGAAAAGGAUUUAGAAAAGCUGGAUCUAGUCAUAAAGUAUAUGAAAAGGCUAAUGCAGCAGUCCGUAGAAUCCGUAUGGAACAUGGCAUUUGAUUUCAUUCUUGACAAUGUUCAAGUUGUUUUGCAACAAACUUAUGGAAGCACAUUAAAAAUUAUCUGAACUGAUCUUGUAGAAAAGGAUGUGGUAAGAGCCUGGAGCUCUUUGGUAGCUGUGCCAUAAGUGCUUGUGAGGUAUUUGCAAAGUGCAUGACAUUAAGCUAAGUUUUUAUAAGUUGAAAUUUUUUUUAAAGGAGAAGGUGUUUUGUACAUUUUCUUUCAGCAAAGUGCCAAAAUUUGUCAGUAUUGCAUGUAAAUAAUUGUGUUUAAAUUCUUUUAUUGUAGUAUAGAAUCUAUUUACAAAAUGUUUGUUUAUAAAAGUUUUAUGGAUUUUUACAGUGAAGUGUUUACAAUUGUUUAAUAAAGAAUUGUAUGUAAUUUGUACAUAUUUUGUUGUUUCACUACUUUAAUUCUCUUUCCUAAAUGCUAUAAAUUUGAACAAUCAAUAUGAAUUUAAUAUUUUUAUUGGCUAAACAUUUAUGUUCAAGCUCAGUUUUACACAGUGGUAGAAGGCUCUCUGAAAAGUGUUUGUGUAGUGAUAUGGACUUUAAAAAAAAAAAUUAUUCCUGGACUUGUCUAACAUGAACAACAGAAUCCUGGCACUGCAUCUCUGUCUCCGUACUUGGCUAAAUCUGAUGAUAUAAAUGCAGCCAUGUCUGUUCCUACCAUGCAUAUCAUUUUUCCUUAAUAUCAAACAAGUGUAAAAGAGACACUUUCAUAUUGGCAAAAUAUUCAGUUUUCAUUAAUAAUCAGAGAUUUCCUUUUUUUUUAAAGAGAUUCUGUUAUGGCAAUCUAGUGAACUAAAUCUUCAAAAGUUUAAAGUGAGGUAAGAACGUCAUGUCUACUUGAUUAGGUCAGGUGGCUGGUCUCACCUAACACUUUAGCAGAUGGGGGGUUCCUCCCAUAACACUAGUGCAAAGACCUUUCUUCUUAUCCUCAUAUCCACCUGGUAGUUCUAGCAACGUAUCAACCUACCAUCACAACACAGUCUCAUUAGAACCUAGGGAAAUUCUCUACCACAGCAUUUAACUUCAGAGUUUGUAAUAUGCUAGAGUUGAGAGAUGAGGCUAUAUGAAAGUGGUUUAAGGCCUUAAACCAAUGCCAUUACUUCACAAUUUCAGAGUAUAUUGGAGAACAAUGAGCAUUAAAGAAGUACUUAAUCUUAUCUGCUAAAAAUGAUACCUUUAAAAUAGACUCAAGUUACAGUAGACCCUACAGUUUCUACAGACUUGACUGCUUAUUACCCAUGUUAACCAGCUUCUUUCAACUUGUAGAAUUUUAGCUAUUCUUAUUUCAUUUACAAUUUUGACAUUACUGCUUGUGUUCUGGUAAUAAUGGUUGCAAUGGGAAUCAUUUCCUUAAGCAUGGCUGGUUAAGGCCAUUCUGCAAACAUGAUCCUCCAAUGUUUCAGGCAAAGAACUAAGAACUAGAUUGCUGAUAGUCUGCCUUCUAUGUAACCUUAGCAAUAAAUGAUACUGUGAUGCUAUCAAUAUGUAAGAUCAUCCUAAAAUGAUUUCAUUUUAGCCCACCUUCCCAGCUAAUGUAUACAAUUAUACAUGAAUACUACAGCAUCAUUUGCAUAUUAAUAGGAUCACUGCACAAAAUAAUUUUUCAACCACACUGACCAGAUCAAACUGUUCAGCUAUGUUCUUCUAAGCAUUGGGCAGAGACAUUUUAUUCCAUCUUUGUAACCGAAGGCCUACACAAGGGGACUACUAAAGUGUUCAGACCAGACACACAUAACUAAAUUUUGACAGAUAUAUUUGCAUGCUGCACUGCCUUUAUUAGGAAUUAAAUUAUCAGGGUAAUGUUCAUUUCUUUUAUUUGCAGUUCAGAAUUAAUGAUUAAUUUGCCAAAUUUCAUAAACUGUACAAGCAAUAAAAGGCAGCCAACUAUGCUUUACAUCAUUGUUUCACACCAACCAAAUACAGACAGCCAAUUACCUAAUUUUUCUAUAAUAAAUUUCUAUAGGCACAAAGCAGAAGGGUGAUGAAAAAAAAUCGAGGAAGAGGUAUGCAUAAAUAAACAUUUCUUACAUCGAAAAACUCCAAAAGAUCACAAAGUCUGUAAGAGUUUGAUUAGGCAAAUACCGUGGUACUGAUCUUACUAGUAUAAAAGUGAAAGCUGAGUUACUUAAUAAAAAAAUUAUUUUCUUUUAAUUUGGGGGAUGUGAACUGGAAAGGGCAAACUUUAAAA